CCCCCCUUUUUUUUUAUUAGCCUCACAAUAUGCCACUUCCCUUCAAUAAAGAAACGCGUGCAAUAAUUGAAAGAAAUUUAAGGAAGGAAAUGAAUUUUAAAAUGCCUUCAAAAAUUUCUCCUACUACAAGUAUACAAGGGUCUAUAAACCUUAUUGCUUCUGGACUAAAUUAUAUAAAUGAACUUAAAAAAAGACCUGAUCUCAUCAAGUUUAAAAUGAGAUUAGACAAUAAUUCAAAUGAACAUCAUCAUGACAAUGAGAAAGAUUCAGAUCAUAAUGUAGAGACUAAAGAUCAUAAGCACUCAAGUGUAGAACACGAUAAUAAAGACAAACAAUAUGAUAUGUAUUGUUACGAUAAAGACUACCAAGAUCAGACUGUAGAAAAUACUACAACAACAACAACUAGCAAAGAUAAUAACUGCUAUAAAAAUAUACAUUCAAAUUACAAUAAACAAUAUAACCGACUCCAAAGUUUAACACCACCUUCACCAUCGAAAAAAGACCUUUAUUGUUAUCCUUGUGAUAUUUAUUUUAAUCAAAGUCAUGAAUAUCAGGAUCAUAAUGGUUUGGUGCAUAAUAUAGAGUAUACAUUUCCAAAAACAAACUAUAUUUGUAAAGCUCGUAUUAAGCCCGAUCCAAAUGACCCAAGUUUCUUUUGUCGUGUUUGCGAAACCUCUUUUGAGAGCCGUCAAAUUUUUAAAAAGCAUCUUAAAAUAAAGCAUAAAAUGGCAACUAGAUCUCCAAGGUCACAUUUUAAUUCUAAUCCCAGAGUUGAUCCUGUAGUUGAUGAUCCAAAUAAUUAUUGUCGUUCUUGUAAUAACAAAUGGCCAAGUCGUGGUGAAUAUAGACGUCAUCUUAGAGAACACCAUAAGAUGAAGUUAAAACCUUUAAGAAGACUUAUCGUUGCUAGACCUGGUGUUAUUCCUGAUCCAGAUGAUCCAAACUUAUAUUGUCGUUCUUGUGAUAUCUCUUUUGAAUUUCGUACACUUUACAAGACUCAUCUAAAGUAUAAGCAUAAAAUGGAUAUUAAGACAGAAUGGCAAAAGAGAAAGGAAGCUGCAAUGAAAGAAGCAAAUGGUGAGCCAUUACCGCCACAACAGCCUGCUAUUAUCAAAGAUACAAAAAAUUAUUAUGAUCGUUAUCCAGCUUACAUCGAUUAUUAUAACGAUCGUAUUAGUUAUAACAGGAACAGUUAUGCCGACAGAAUCAAGAAAUAUCAACUAUAUAUAAAAUUCUAUAAUUCUACUAAUGAAAAAAAUAAAAAAGAAGUUAUAUUGGAGAAGCUGGGCGUCGAUCCCAGUGCCUCUCGCAUGCUAAGCGAGCGCUCUACCAUUUGA